AUGUUUGGUGGCGAAGAAUCAGAGCAAGAGCCCAAGCCGAAUGCUCGAACUAACAGCGACCGGAUCAUCAUAUUCCAUACGUCUACUAAAGCCGUCGAAGUCGUAAAGAAAGCCGACUUUUCGGAAACAAGACUGAUCCUGAUUCUAGCAAAGCUCCAAGAUGAUGAACCGCGAGAGAUUGCCCCAAAGCUGGGCAAAUGGAUCAAUGUACACGCAAAGAGCAGUAGCAAGGAGCUCAAAGGUCUCGUUCUGACAACACUGGAUUUGGGCAUGCUUGGAUGGGCAGAUUCAUGUCGCAGGUUGUUUGGUCGGUGCAACGAGAUAUACGUCGUCGAUUGA